AGUAAGAGUUACCAGUCAAAUUUGACUCCUGUGGCAGUAACUGAGAGAGGAGAGCGAGCAGGAGUCCGCUGCUGCCACCUCAACAUGGAGUAACGAGAGCCCAGCGCUUACUGCUAAGGAGCGGAUCCCAGAGAGAGGAGUACCCGGCGGCCUCUGCUGUAAUUUAUCCCCCGAAGUCCCCGCAAAUGAUUCAGCGGACACUUUUUGCGAAGGAAAGCUCGGCUUUUAUUUGAAAGAUGGCGAACGACUCUCCAGCUAAAAGUCUAGUAGACAUAGACUUGGCUUCAUUGCGGGAUCCAGCUGGGAUAUUUGAGCUGGUGGAGGUAGUUGGAAAUGGCACCUAUGGACAAGUAUACAAGGGACGACAUGUCAAGACUGGACAGCUGGCUGCCAUCAAGGUCAUGGACGUCACAGAGGAUGAAGAAGAGGAAAUUAAACUGGAGAUCAAUAUGCUGAAGAAGUAUUCCCACCACAGAAACAUAGCCACCUACUAUGGUGCUUUCAUUAAGAAGAGCCCUCCGGGACACGAUGACCAGCUAUGGCUGGUGAUGGAGUUCUGUGGUGCUGGUUCGAUCACAGACCUAGUGAAGAACACAAAGGGGAACCAGCUGAAGGAAGACUGGAUUGCCUACAUCUCCAGAGAGAUCCUCAGAGGUCUCGCCCACUUACACGCCCACCACGUCAUCCACCGUGACAUCAAAGGCCAGAACGUCUUAUUGACGGAGAAUGCUGAAGUUAAACUAGUGGAUUUUGGCGUGAGUGCUCAGCUGGAUCGGACAGUUGGAAGGAGAAACACCUUCAUUGGAACACCUUACUGGAUGGCCCCAGAAGUCAUCGCUUGUGACGAGAACCCAGAUGCAACAUAUGAUUACCGAAGUGAUCUGUGGUCCUGCGGUAUCACGGCUAUUGAAAUGGCUGAAGGAGCUCCCCCUCUUUGCGACAUGCACCCCAUGCGUGCACUCUUCCUCAUUCCAAGAAAUCCUCCUCCUCGGCUGAAAUCUAAAAAAUGGUCCAAAAAGUUCUUCAGUUUCAUCGAGAGCUGCCUCGUGAAGAAUUACACGCAGCGCCCACCAACAGAGCAGCUGCUGAAGCACCCCUUCAUCCGAGACCAGCCCAACGAGCGGCAGGUCCGCAUACAGCUCAAAGACCACAUCGACCGGACGAAGAAAAAGAGGGGCGAGAAAGAUGAGACGGAGUAUGAGUACAGUGGCAGUGAGGAGGAGGAAGAGGAUCCUCCUGAGCAAGAAGGAGAGCCCAGCUCAAUUGUCAACGUGCCAGGUGAAUCGACUCUACGGCGUGACUUCAUCCGCCUGCAGCAGGAGAACAAGGAGAGGUCGGAGGCGCUCCGUCACCAGCAGCUCCUCCAGGAGCAGCAACUCCGGGAGCAAGAGGAGUACAAGCGGCAACUAUUGGCAGAGAGGCAGAAACGUAUCGAGCAACAGAAGGAGCAGAGAAGGCGGUUAGAGGAGCAACAGCGACGCGAACGGGAGAUGAGGAGGCAACAGGAGCGCGAGCAGCGUCGUCGCGAGCAAGAAGAAAAGAGGCGCAUGGAGGAGAUGGAUCGUAGACGUAAAGAGGAGGAGGAACGCCGGCAGGACGAGAAGAGGAGGAACGAUCGUGAGCAGGAGUACAUCAGGCGCCAGCUGGAAGAGGAGCAGAGACAUCUCGAGAUGCUGCAGGAGCAGCUGCUCCGUGAACAGGCCAUGCUGCUGGCCGACGAGCGCUACCGUAAGAACAUUCAGGGCUCCCCUCAGGCCGCCCCUCCUCCCAAGCAGCCCCCUCUGCCUCCUCGUUCCUCUGAACCGUUCUCCAACGGCGGCUCCUCCUCCGAAGCAUCUGCCAUGCACCGACCCAUGGAGCCUCAGGUCCAGUGGUCUCACCUGGCUGCUCUAAAGAGCAGCAACAGCGCUGCCCCCUCUCCUCCUCCUCCGCCCGUGGUUGCCCGCUCUCAGUCCUUCAGCGAGUCCGGCGGCGUGGCCUCUAGUUUUGCACAACUCCACCUGCGCUCCCAGGACCCCCACCAUCACCACCACCACCCAUCGCCUGCACGCAUAGAUCCCCAACCCCAACCUCCCCUCCACCACCCUCAGGCUAGGCUUGAACAUCAGGCCAGCAGCGAGGAGGUCCCUCCCAAGGUACCGGUGAGGACAACAUCCAGGUCUCCUGUGCUGUCACGUAGAGAGUCCCCUCUGCCUUCACAGCCCAGCAACCAGGGCGGACAGAGGAACGUGGGCAGUAACGUGGAGCAGCGUCCGCUGUGGGAUCGAGUGGAGAAGCUGCAGUCCCGGCCAGGCAGCGGCAGCUCGUCUGGCUCCUCCAACUCCAGCUCCCAGGCCAGUCCUGGGGACCGUUUCAGGCCACGCUCUUCGUCCAAAUCUGAAGGAUCGCCUCUCCAGCGGCCUGAAAACGUUUCCAAGAAACAGGAUGAAAAGAACGUCGCCAGGCCCACUCGACCAGCUGACCUGACAGCGCUCGCCAAGGAGCUGCGUGCAGUCGACGAUGUGCGGCCUCCUCACAAGGUCACAGAUUACUCCUCCUCAAGUGACGAGUCGGGCACAACCGACGAGGAGGACGAGGAAGAGGUGGAUCAGGAGGCAGGAGAAGAGUCCACCUCAGGGGCAGAGGACUCCAAAGCUGGAUAUCCCCAUGGCUUCCGCAGGAGAGUGAGUAACGGAGAGACGGAGUCUGCUAAAACCAUGCUGGUCGAAGACUCUGAAAGCGAACAGGCAACCACACCCUCCAAGGAUGGCACACUGGUCAUCAGACAGUCGCAGUCGGAGAGCAACUCCAUGUCCAAACACAAGUCUUCCUCCUCGUUCACUCCCUUCAUCGACCCGCGUCUGCUGCAGAUAUCUCCAUCCAGCGGGAGCUCCCUCAACAACAUGGCUGGAUUUGGGCAAGACGGGCGCCUGUCAGAUCAGCUGCGGUCCGACCCGUCCCGUAAAGGCUCAGUGGUUAACGUCAACCCGGUCAACACUCGUCCACCGAGCGACACUCCGGAGAUUCGCAAGUACAAGAAGAGGUUCAACUCUGAGAUCCUGUGCGCGGCACUCUGGGGAGUAAAUCUACUGGUGGGAACAGAGAGUGGUCUGAUGCUGCUGGACCGAAGCGGUCAGGGUAAGGUCUACCCUCUGAUCAACCGGCGACGCAUCCAGCAGAUGGAUGUCCUAGAGGGACUCAACGUCCUGGUGACCAUAUCAGGCAAAAAGAACAAGCUGCGAGUGUAUUACCUGUCAUGGCUUCGAAACAAGAUUUUGCACAAUGACCCUGAGGUGGAGAAGAAGCAGGGGUGGGUCAAUGUGGGCGACCUGGAGGGCUGUGUCCACUACAAAGUUGUGAAGUACGAGAGAAUUAAAUUCUUGGUGCUGGCUUUGAAGAACUCUGUGGAGGUCUACGCAUGGGCGCCCAAACCUUAUCACAAGUUCAUGGCCUUUAAGUCUUUUGGUGACCUGGUGCACAAACCUCUGCUGGUUGACUUGACGGUGGAGGAAGGUCAGAGGUUAAAGGUCAUCUACGGUUCCUGUUCAGGCUUCCAUGCUGUGGAUGUGGACUCUGGUGCCGUCUACGACAUCUACCUGCCCACACAUAUCCAAACCAAUAUUCAGUGCCACGCCAUCAUCAUCUUGCCCAACACUGAUGGGAUUGAGCUGCUGGUGUGUUACGAGGACGAAGGCGUCUACGUCAACACCUACGGACGCAUCACCAAGGAUGUGGUGCUGCAGUGGGGAGAAAUGCCAACUUCAGUGGCCUACAUUAGGUCAAACCAGAUCAUGGGCUGGGGUGAGAAGGCUAUAGAGAUCCGCUCAGUGGAGACGGGCCACCUUGACGGAGUCUUCAUGCACAAGAGAGCCCAGAGACUCAAGUUCCUUUGUGAGAGGAAUGACAAGGUCUUCUUUGCCUCUGUGCGCCCCGGAGGUGCCAGCCAAGUAUAUUUCAUGACCCUGGGACGCACAUCCCUCAUGAGCUGGUAGAGACGUGCCGCGCCGUCAGCCGAUAUGACAACCAUUACCUAAGCAGCGACCAACAGAUGACUAUUGCAACUACGACCGACGAAGACGUUUUAAAGCCCAAGCUGGAGAAGCAUUUUCUGAGGAGGCGGCUUCCAUUUCUCAUGUCCUCGGGCAGCCAAACAACGGAUUAGACUGUAAUCAUGAACAGAAGCUAGGGAUGGAUAUGUAUUUAGAGGGGCCUGCAGGUUUUUCCUCCCCCCGCCAACCCCGGCCUUGUUGCCUGACCUUCGAGCCGAUCCCCAUUCUCCUCCUCUCCCUCUGAGGGACGUGGGAUCUGUUGCCUGUUGACGGUAUAUCUUUAUGUCAUAGUAAAACUUUGCAUCUUGUAAGUGUAUGACAAAAUGUGUUUGUCUAGGGGGAAGGGGCAGAACGACAGAACGCUAAACACAGCUGUCACCGUAUCAGAGAAGACUGUGUGUUUGUGUGUGUGUGUGUGUUGCCACAGCUUGAAGUGUAGCUGUGUUUAAUCCCGGUCCUGUCAGGUGUGUGACUACAACACUACGACUACACUUAGUUCCACAGAUUGAACGGUGCUUGACAUGUAAAUCUUCUUUGUCUUCACUUUUUUUUUUUUCUCUCCCUUAACCUCCUGAAAGUGAAGAUUUUUUUUUUUUUUUUUUUUUAAGGGACCUCCUUGACGCAUCCAUUAAAUACAGGGUACUGGAUAUGUUGGAGUUUGUGCAUACUAACGUCAGACUCGCGCAGGUUUUUCAAGAACAGCUUUAUCACACCUCUUGUGCUGUAGCUCAUGUUGGACAAAAGUAGCCCUUUUUUUUAUGACAGCAUGUUGCUUUGGUGUUAUUAACUAAGGUAGUCCCAGUUUUUGUUUUUAAACACACUGUAUAUUUUAUAUGUGACUUGCUGCGCAUAAAUAAAGAAUGCAGAAAUACACACAAAAAUGAGUUUUAAAGGAAGAAUCCACUAUUUAUCAUCAAGAGCCUGACAUUUUUUUUUUUUUUUUUUUUUUUUUUUUUUUUUUUCUUCAGGGGCUUUUAUUUUGUAAUGAAAUCUUGGCUUUUCCUUUUAAUCUGUGUCUCCUUUGCAGAACCUGUCGUUCUACUGGAAAUAUAGAAACACACACACACCGACAAAAUAGACCCAGAAAUGUGAGGUUCAAUACAAAUAGUUGUUUUGUUUGUGUUUUUUAAGGUGGAUUUUUCCUUUAAGAUCAGUUUUAAGUAGGGCUAGCAUAAACUGUGAAUUAGCAGGUUGCCAUUAAGGUAGCAUGGAGGCCAGUGGGCAGAAUGAGGGCAGCAUGUAUAGAUCUCACUUAGAGGAAAGGGAGGAGGGUCAGCUGAUUGUCCUCCACCUGCACUGUUGUGACAUUUUCACAUCUACAAUCAUCUGCGUUCUGAAGGAGACUUCAACUUAAUGUUGCCUUAGAGGAGUUUCCAGCAAUUUAAACAAAAAAACUAAACAAAAAAAAACUAAAAUCCACUACUUCAUAAGUGAAGACAUUUAGAUUUUAGGGUAGGAACACUUUAGUCUGAAGCAGCCGUGUGACUCAAUGUUGGACCUCCUUUAUUUUUAUGUUCCUUCUUUUUUUCUUGAUGCCUUCAGACAUGCCACAUCCAAUCUGGAUUAAAGAGACGCGCUACUUUAACAGAGCUCCCUUAAAAUAAUUUUUAUUUCGUGCUCUUUCUUCCCGUGUCAUCCUCGGAAACCCGAAUGACAAGGCGAGACUCGUUUGUCACUUCACAUGAGACAGUCUCAUCCCGCCGCUGAGUGUAGAGUCCAUCCUGCAGCUGUGCUUCUGUGUGAAUGACAGAGCUUCAUAAUAGGACUCUUUAAAGGGCGGUGCCUUCGCUGUCUUUAGGGGGAAGACCCGCUGUGAGGCGCAGAAGUCGCUUUCACAGUCUUGUCGUUUGUGUAGAAAGAAAGAAGGCAAAAACAUGAAUGAAUCACAUGUUCUGAUAGCAGUGUCACAAAACCGCUCCAGACAGCCAAAACCAUGUGGCAUACUUUUGUGUUUUUAAACUCUGUCUUAGUUUUUAUUAGUGUUGUUUCCAAUCAUGUGUAACCCUUCAGAUAAAUAUGCAGUGGUUUUAUUUUAAAUGCACACCUUUAUGUUCAAAAUGUUUACAGAAGCAGUUGUUUUGUUAAACCAAUGUGCAUCGAUAUGAAUAUUUAUGGUUUCUCCCCCUCCACCGCUCCUCUUUUGUAUUUUGUAUUAUCCCUUUUUUUUGUACUUUCAUUUAGAUGUUUGUGUACAGGAUUAAUCAACUUUUGCUCACUUUAUGAAUAACCCAAGCCCAGAGUGUCAAUUUCACUGAUUUCCUUUACAUCCUCCUUAGUGCACUGUGUGUGAGUGUGCACGCUCCUGGCUGUGUGGCAGCACGGAUCUAAUGUUUUCUACCUGCCAGGUGACAUGUCCCCCCUCGGAUGUCUCUCUACCAUGCCUCUAAUUUAUGUCCUCUGUGUGUACUAUGGGAAUUACUGUAUUUUCUUGAAGGUCUUUUUUUUUUUUUUUUUUUUUCUUUCAUUGAAUAAAAUCAAAAGGAAUUUAC